AUGAAGCCAGUGCGGGUUGUCACACUUUGGUGGGUGCUACUGCUGAUGUCCAGGCUGGGGGCCACCAGGAAGGGAUCCCCAGAAGAGGCCUCCUUCUACUAUGGAACCUUCCCACUUGGCUUCUCCUGGGGCGUGGGCAGUUCCGCCUUCCAGACGGAGGGAGCCUGGGACCAGGAUGGGAAAGGGCCCAGCAUCUGGGAUGCCUUCACUCACAGUGGGAAGGGAAAGGUGCUUGGGGAUGAGACAGCAGAUGUGGCUUGUGAUGGUUACUACAAGGUGCAGGAGGACAUCAUUCUGCUCAGGGAGCUGCACGUGAGCCACUACCGAUUCUCCCUGUCUUGGCCUCGGCUCCUACCCACCGGCAUCCGAGCUGACAAGGUGAACAAGAGGGGAAUCAAGUUCUACAGUGACUUCAUUGAUGCCCUCCUGAAGAGCAACAUCACCCCCAUCGUGACCUUGCACCACUGGGAUCUCCCGCAGCUGCUCCAGGUCAAGUACGGCGGGUGGCAGAAUGUGAGCAUGAUCAGCUACUUCAGGGAUUAUGCCAAUCUGUGCUUUGAGGCCUUUGGGGACCGGGUGAAGCACUGGAUCACUUUCAGUGAUCCUCGGACAAUGGCAGAGAAAGGCUAUGAGACGGGCCGCCACGCUCCAGGCUUGCAGCUCCCCGGCACGGGCCUGUACAUGGCAGCGCACCACAUCAUUAAGGCCCACGCCCAAGCCUGGCAUUCCUACAACAGCACAUGGCGCAGCAAGCAGCGAGGUCUGGUGGGGAUCUCAUUAAACUGCGACUGGGGGGAACCCGUGGACAUCGAUAGCCCCAAGGACAUAGAAGCUGCCGAAAGAUACCUACAGUUCUGCCUGGGCUGGUUUGCCAACCCCAUCUAUGCCGGAGACUACCCUCAAGUCAUGAAGGACCAGAUCGGAAAAAAGAGUGCAGAGCAAGGCCUGGAUAUGUCAAGGUUACCAGUGUUCUCACGCCAGGAAAAAAGCUACAUUAAAGGCACAUCUGAUUUCUUGGGAUUAGGCCAUUUUACUACUCGGUACAUCACAGAAAGGAACUACCCCUCCCGCCAUGGGCCCAGCUACCAGAACGAUCGUGACUUAGUAGAACUGGUUGACCCAAAUUGGCCUGAUCUGGGGUCUAAGUGGCUCUAUUCUGUGCCAUGCUUUAGGAGGCUCCUCCACUUUGCUCAGACUCAGUACGGCAACCCUCCCAUCUAUGUGACAGAAAACGGCGCGUCUCAAAUAUUACACUGUAUGCAGUUAUGUGAUGAAUGGAGAAUUCAGUACCUUAAGGGCUACAUAAAUGAAAUGCUAAAAGCUAUAAAAGAUGGUGCUGACAUAAAAGGGUAUACUUCCUGGUCUUUGUUGGAUAAGUUUGAAUGGGAGAAAGGAUACUCAGACAGAUACGGAUUCUACUAUGUCGAAUUUAACAACAGAAAUAAGCCGCGCUACCCAAAGGCGUCAGUUCAGUAUUACAGGAAGAUUGUCACCGCCAAUGGGUUUCCCAACCCGAGAGAGGUGGAGAGUUGGUACCUCAAAGCCUUGGAAACUUGUUCUAUCAACAACCAGAUGCUUGCUGCAGAGCCGCUGCUAAGUCACAUGCAGAUGGUGACAGAGAUUGUGGUACCUACAGUCUGCACCCUCUGUGUACUAAUCUCUGCAGUUCUCCUGAUGCUCCUCCUGCGGAGCCAGAGCUGAGACAGUGUCACCCAUUUUGUGGAUUCAUCUUUCAUCAAGAAUCUUCAGGAUCUUCCUCCUUUCUCUGCUUUGAAGGUUUAUAUACAUUUCUGUUUUCAGGCUCUGUGAUAAAUUUUUUUUUUUUUUGGUCUUGUGCUGGGAUUUAAAAAUUAGAAAAUAAAAGUAAGCAUAAAUGAAA